AAAAAAACAAGCUCAGGCCUUCGGUAGUAUUGAUACUGACUAGUUCUGAUCUGAGAGGAGACAUGUUUAGAUUCGAUUUGCAUGCUUUUUGUCUCUGAAUUCCCCCGCAGAAACUGCCCUCUCAUAUCAGCGGUCUUUAUCCAAAAGAUCACCGACCGUUUAACCAGGAAGAACACCAAAAAGGAACGAGAAGACGAAAGUAGUAUAGGAGAGGGAACGACAACAAAAUCUUUGAGCGCCAAAAGUUGCGCAGGCAUCCGAUUACCACUAUGCAAUUUACAAGUCUCUCCAUCCUGUUUCUGGCGUUCGCCGUGUUCUCCUUGGCCAAUGAAUCCGCAACGGUAACCUCGACAUCGGCAGCGUUCAAUUAUGCGCCUAUAUCGUCCUUACUAGGCAAUCUUGUCUCAGCAGUUGCUACGGCAUCGCCAGCCUCAGGUCCCGCGCCAUCCCCAACCGCAAACCUGAGCAACAUCGCCGAUCCACCUUCGAAUUUCAUCCCCGUUAUCAUGACAGCAGUGCCCAUGUCAGUGCUUGGGGAUUUGCUCGACCCAAUUUCGCGGAGUUCGUUGGCAGCUGAGUUCAAGAACGGCACCACCCCAAGCUGGUACCAGAGUCUACCCACGAGCAUUCAGAGCUAUAUUUCAGUUGUCAACCAGCAGAUUAAUUCUGGCGCAUUAUCUGCAAAUGUCUCAUCUGCUGUGGCCACGUCCACAAGUAGCGGCCUGGCACCGGCUAUGGCUCCAAUGGCGACGGGGGCACUGGUAGUCAAUAUGGCGGGCGCUUUGGGAAUUGCGGGAUUGGCAAUGAUUCUGUAAAAGUGUUUAUGUCUUGUGAUUAUUACGAGUAUGAGUAUGAGUACGCGCUCACGACUAAUGAUAUUAAUUGAUAUGUAAAGGAGUGCUGACUCUUCUUUGACAUUACACUGUGUAGUUUUGGAGAUAAUGAUACAAGAUGACACAUUGAAAUAUCAACUGAACUGCCAAGCGGUUAGUCAAUAAUGAUAAACUUAAUCUAUUCAAUAUUACGAUUCAUUUCUCCCUGGUAGUUGGAUGCUUCGACUGUCGUGAGUUGCGUGGCCACGAGCAAUCCAGUCAGGGCUAGGUAAUCCACGUGAUGCCUUUUCAAGAAUGCCGCACCUGCACAUUUUAGUCCUAAAGUUCUGGCUUUACUUUCUGUUGACUACGCCUUAUAUCAUGAUUGAUAGAUUCAAGGAUUCCUGCAUACAACUAUUAACGUUCUUGGCAAGUGCAAGUGCCCUUACAUGCAUCAUUCGAGCCAAGCCCAACGUUCUAGUCAAUCUCCU